AUGAAGUUUGUUCACGGAAUACUCCUUGGUCUUCUCAGUCACACGUUGGCACAAGACAGCUCGACUGCUUAUGUCGACCUUGCGACUACUCAAGGCGAAUCGUCCAAGAACGCCUCAGGGUUCAUAUAUGGCAUGCCACUGAACUAUGAUCCCAACGACAUUCCGGAUCAUUUCUACACCGACAUCGACAUCAAAUGGGGUCGCGCCGGCGGUGCACAACUCGACACUCCAUGCCGUGGCUGGGCGUUUGGCUUCGAAGAAUACAAGUGCCGCUUCAAUGCCACCAUGCUGAACUACAAACAGACCAGAAAGUUCGGUGCGACCUUCAUCAUAUUGCCCCAUGACAUCUGGGGCAUCGAUUACCGGUCUAGCAUCAGCAACCAUAAGAUGCCAGGAGAUAACAACGAUUGGACAAGCUAUGAUGAUUUUCUCGACGAGCUGGUCAGAGACUUGAAAGCUAAUGAGGCCCUCGAAGGGCUUGUCUGGGAUAUUUGGAACGAACCUGACCAACCCGGAUUUUGGGGUAGGCCAAUCCAGCAAUGGGUUGAUCUCUACAUCAGAACCCAUAAGAAGCUUCGAUCUGACUCCGAUUUGGACAAUGUGCUGAUCAGCGGGCCUACCACUUCAUCCUCGCCAUCUAUGUCUAACGAUCACUGGACAUUAUGGGCUAUGCAAAUCGCCGGCAACCGAACCUACCCAGAUCAGUAUGCCUGGCAUUACGGCGACCCGGAUGUUGACCACCCCAACUUUCUGGCAGUCCUGUCUCAGUACGAUCUCCCUCUUCAACCUGUCAACUUGAAUGAGUACGCUCUCCUUGAGGAAAUGACACCGUCAGGAUACGCGUGGUGGCUGAGCCGCCUGGAACGGUAUAAUUACGCUGGGUUGCUUGGCCUGUGGAAGCCGCCAUUGUAUGACAAUUUUGCCAAUCUCCUGACCAAGUCACCCGGCGACCCGCAAGACGAGAACAACGACAACUAUGUCGGCGCAGCAGGCUUUCCGCUUUAUAAAUAUUAUGCAACCUCAAUGUCUGGACAACGCGCUAAGACGAAAGGUUCUAGCGACGGGAGAUUUGACUGCUUCGUGACUAUCGGCGACAAGGUACGUAUCCUCGCUGGAUCGAGGGUAGCUGUGGGCAACUUCACGUUACAGCUCGAAGGUCUGGAGGCAGUCGGAUAUGCCCUAUCUGACACUUUGGAUGCUGUUUACUAUGCCUUUCACGGCUCAGACGACAUCUUCGAGCCGUUUGGCGACCCUGAUCUCCUCGGUAUCCAGUCCGUGCCUGUCGAGCACGGUGUCGCAAAGCUCAACGUUUACGUCCCUGAUAAACAUACAGGGUGGAAAAUUGAGUUUGAAAAGAAGUAG